CCCACAUAUGUUAUACGCAUGUCAUGUCCCACUAAAUUCCUCCUGACCUACUUUUCUUUCUCCACAAAAUUUCAACCUUUUCAAUUUUAUAACAGUUUCUGUAAAUUGCCGGUUUAGACGCUACAAAAACCAUUGAUUAAGCCAAUUCUUUUCCCCCUAAACCAAUUUCAAGAAUCGACACUCUUUACUUGGUUUUUCAGUGUCCUGUCAAUAUUUGAUUGGUUAUUUUUAUUUAUAUCUUUUGAUAACAUUGUUUAAAUCUUUUGCCAAUCGGUCGGUGGGUAUAUCUUUUUUCUACAAGCUCUUCAAUUCUGACCCCUCUACCACAAUAAAUUGGGACCCUAGUUCAAAAUCUUCAUAAUUUCACAUUUCAAAUCAUUUCCCCAUUAUUUACCCUUAAAAAAAAGUAGAAGUAAAAAGUUAAGCUUUCAAACUUUUAAAAAAAUCCUAAUUAUAAAAUACUCCUUCAUUCUCUCUUUAAUUCUCACAUCUCAGAUUUGACAAAAAAAAAAAAAAAAGCAAAGCGGCAUUUCAUCAAACACCUUGCCUUCAUCCACAUGAAGACCGGCGCAAAGUUCAUCGUUCUCCACCACGGAGCGCCGGCGGGGCCUUCCCACCGCGCGUGGCUCUUCGUCUUCGUCCUCUUCUUCAUCUUCACCUUCGCCUUCACCCUCUUCUCCACCAGGGACGCCGCCGCGGCCAGGACCUCCACCGCGUCGGCCGAGAAUUCCAAAUCCAGCCUCCCCAACUCCGUCUCCGACGCGCUCCUCCACUACGCCGCCCUCAACGCCUCCUCCGACGGCCGCAUGUCCGCCGACGAGCUGAGCACCAUCGCCGCCGCGCUCCGCCGCUGCGCCGCCCCCUGCAACCUCCUCGUCUUCGGCCUCAGCCACGAAACCCUACUGUGGAACUCCCUCAACCACAACGGCCGCACCGUGUUUGUCAGCGACAGCGCGUACCUCGUGUCGAAAUUGGAGGAGAAGCAGCCUUCAAUCGAAGCCUACGACGUCCAAUUCGCGACGAGGGUGAGCGAAUUGUACGAUCUGAUCGAGUAUUCGAAGGGGGAAUUGAGGGGGGAGUGCCGGCCGGUGCAGAAUCUCCUCUUCUCCGAUUGCAAAUUGGCUGUCAACGACCUGCCGAACCACCUGUACGACGUCGCUUGGGAUGUGAUCCUGGUCGACGGGCCGAAGGGGCACUGCGCGGCGGCGCCGGGGCGGAUGUCGGCGAUUUUCACCGCCGGAGUGAUGGCGAGGAGUAAGAGGGGCGGCGCGGCGGAGACGCACGUGUUUGUGCACGAAUUCGAUCGGGAGGUGGAGAGGGUUUGCAGCGAGGAAUUCCUGUGCGCGGAGAAUUUGGUGGAAACGAAAGAUUUGUUGGGGCAUUUCGUCAUCGGAAAAUUUGAGGAGAAUAGAAAUAGGGUUGGAUUCUGCUCAGUUUCUUCUUCAUCCACUGUUCCUCAGAAUUCAAUUUGAUCUUUUUUUUUCUUUUUUACCUUUUUACCUUUUUUUUGGGAAGGUAACUUUGAGUGCAACUGUAAUUUUUAUAUAGGAUUUUAAAUGUUAAAUAUAUUAGCAAUAUUUUGA